UCUGUGAUAUUAAUAUUCAGUGGGGUGAACGCGAGGCAGUGUAAAUGGUGGACGUGUCUUGGGAUUACCCUCAGGCCUGUGUUUUGGAUUGUAUUGGCUAACUAGUAGUACUGAAUCUUCUUGUGCGGGGCGGGUGAUAGUCGCCUUUGCAUAAAGGCUUGACAGAGAAGUCGAGCGAACAAAUUAACGGAGAGAAUGGCAUCUAUGCUGCCUCCUGAUGUCAUAGAGGAGUAUGACCCCUACAAGGAGGAGCGUCUUGGAAGGGUUCGUGAGGUGGGAAACCAGGCAGUUUGGAGCCUCUCUACUUGUAAACCAGGUUUUGGUGUUGAUCAGCUGAGAGACCACUGUUUGGAGACCUACUGGCAGUCAGAUGGGCCACAGCCACAUCUCAUCAACAUACAGUUCAAACGAAAAACAACUAUACAACAAGUCUGUAUCUACUCUGACUUCAAGCAAGAUGAGAGCUACACACCAAAUAGGGUGUCGAUCCGAGCCGGCACCAGCUUCCACGACCUGCGCGAGCUCGAGGUGAAGGAGCUGACGGAGCCGUCCGGCUGGGUGGUGUUCGCGCUGCGCGGCGCCGACGACCGGCCGCUGCGCACCUACCACGUGCAGAUCGCCGUCAUCACCAACCACCAGAACGGUCGUGACACGCACAUGCGCCAGGUGCGCGUGCACGCGCCCGUGGAGCAGCGCGGCGUCAUGGUCGAUCCGGUCGGCAGUUUUGUCAGUGUCGAGUGCUCCCAGUUUGCGUGCGUGCGAUAGUGGAGUGCGGCGGCGGCGGACUGUCUGGGGGACCCGGGCUCCGGCACGGAUCUGCAGACUGCAUGACCUGAUGUCGUGCGGUAGGCUGGGCUCGGGCGGACCUGCGGACUGUGGUCGGCCUGUGUGGUCUAGUGUCGUGUUGUUGGCCAUUAUCGGGUACGGACCUGCAGGUCGUGUGACCUGACUGUGGUCUGGUGUGCGGUUGGCCAGGCCGGAGAUGGAUCUACAGGUGUCACCCGUGGGGAGACGUGUGGCCACAGAGGUGAUGUGAUGCCAUGUCAGGAAACUGGUCUGUGAGAAGACAUUCCAGUACUUGAUGUUAUCCACCCAUUUUUGUGCACCAGCCGGCAUGGCUUUAUGCAGUAUGACUUAUUCAGCUCAGCGUUUAGUAAUUAAAAAAAUGAAGUCUACGCAUUCGCCGCCGUUGCCAGUCGCCUCUGUCGCCUAAACAUGUUCUGGUUGCGCACCGAUUGCUGGAGUGUCUGGUGCUCUUUUCACUUUCAGAUUAUGUUUGCAUCACCUUUGUCAUCUGCUGGUUGAGGACGUGUUUGUGUAUCGCCAGGUUUUCUUGUAUUGUCCGGAAGCAGCUGAAAGAUAAUGGCAUUGAUGGCAGUUGCUUUGUGCUACAAAUACGAGCAUCUGCAUUCUUCUCCAGAAUAAAAAGGUUAAGAACAAG